UCCUCCUUCAUUGAACCUCUUCCUCGAAAGCAGCUGCAACCCAGAGACUACCCAUUUGACAAAAACAGCUGCAGCUUUGGCUUCGUUCACCUGAUCUCCAAUCUCCUUCGAUUAAGAAGAUGGAUUACCAGAACAAGCUGGUCUUGGCUCCCAUGGUUCGAGUCUGUCGUUUUAUGCAGGGGACAUUGCCGUUUAGGUUGCUAGCUGCUGAAUACGGCGCUGAUAUUACUUACGGAGAGGAGAUUAUUGAUCACAAGAUGGUCAAAUGUGAACGCAAAGUAAACGAAUAUAUUGGGUGCACUGACUUUGUGGAGAAAGGGACAGAAAAUGUUGUCUUCAGAACCUGCUAUGAAGAAAGAAAUCGAGUUAUAUUCCAAAUUGGCACUUCUGAUGCCGUGAGGGCUCUAACUGCUGCUCAAAUAGUGUGUAAGGAUGUUGCUGCAAUAGAUGUCAAUAUGGGUUGCCCUAAAUCAUUUUCUAUAAGUGGGGGCAUGGGUGCUGCUCUGUUGAAUAAACCAGAGCUCAUUCACGAUAUUUUGACAACGCUAAAGAGAAACUUGAGCUGUCCAGUCACAUGUAAGAUUCGACUUCUAAAAUCUUCCCAGGAUACGGUGGAACUGGCAAGACGGAUUGAAAAGACUGGUGUUUCUGCCCUUGCUGUUCAUGGAAGAAAAGUUGCAGAUAGACCUAGGGAUCCAGCCAAAUGGAGUGAGAUUGCUGAUGUGGUAUCAGCAUUAUCUAUUCCAGUUAUUGCAAAUGGAGAUGUCUUUGAUUAUGGUGAUUUUGCACGAAUUAAAGCUGCUACAGGUGCCUCUUCAGUGAUGGUUGCAAGAGGAGCUCUUUGGAAUGCUUCAGUUUUCUCUCCUGAAGGCAAAGUGCACUGGGAGGAAGUGAAAAGAGAAUAUGUCAGAAAGAGUAUCUUAUGGGACAAUGAUAUUAAAAGCACAAAGCACACUUUGAAGGAAAUGAUUAUGCAUUAUUCUUGCCUUGAACUUCCAGAGGGGAAGGGUGUGAUCAAGUCAGAAAAUUUGGCAGAUAUAGCGUAAGUUUGAUUUAAAUUGUGCACCUUCUUUCAGUUUAAUCAACCUAAGUCAAGUAUAGUUAUUGAAGUUGAAAGGUCAUUCUAGUAGUAGGAUAUGCCACCAAAUUGCUGGGAUUUGUUGGGGGCCCGUUUUACAUGAAAACUUUAUGCUUUGAUAAAGCAACACUUUCUGUUUACCAUGUGUCCAAGUUAUGCUUGUGGAAAACCAGUAGAAUAUUUAUCUCGUAUUUAAGCCUGUACAUGCCUUGAAAAUGCUAUACUGGGGUAGAUUUGGUGCCUUCUGCAAAUUGACUGCACAAUGGUCGUCCUGCUUUCUAUGGGUAUAUUGAUUUUGCCCUGAUUCACAGACUGUAGUCUACAAGAUUCAAUCUUUCUUCCUGGUCCAUUGGAAGACCCGGUUGAAAUAGGUUGCCUACUUCUCUUCCUUGUCUCUAUGCCACGCCUCUUACCAACUCUUUGUUGGCGAGGGAGAUGUUGCUUGGGAAUGGCCUUCAGGCUUUCUUAACUGUGGAUUAGGCAUUAGCAAUUAGAUGCUAAUUAUGUAAUGUUUUUCUUCAUGCUGUUUGAUUGAAAAAAGAUUUUUAUUUACUUUUAGACUGAUCAAGCAAUUGAUUACUU